AUGAAGAGAAAUAGUGGAGAGGAAUAUGAAACAAAAGAGUCUAAGCAUGUGAGUGGUAAACUUUUCGAAAAUAAAGAUUGCCUUUGUUCCAAAAAAUGUAUAAAUGGAAUCGGAUAUGAAGACAGGAAAGCUAAUUUUGAUUGUUUUUGGAAAUUAGCAAGUUUCGAAAAACAGAAUUUGUUUGUGUAUGGUUUGGUUCGAAAACAAUCAAUAAAGCAAAGACGACCCAGAAAUUACGAAGGAUAUAUGAGAAAGUGUAGUUUUAAGUUUCAUCUAAAUGUACGGAAUUCAGAAGUUUCUGUUUGCAAAACUUUUUUUUUGGAUACUUUUAAAAUAUCUAACGGAAGAUUAAGCCGUGUCCUAAAUGUUAAAACACCUGGAACGGAUGGUCGUGGCAAAAUGGCUGUGGUACGAGAACAUAUUCUGAGUUUUCCAGCAUGUGAGAGCCAUUACACGAGAUCACAUCACACUUCAGGUCGAAAGUAUCUAAGUUCUGACUUAGAUAUUCGAAAAAUGUAUGAGCUGUAUGUGAAAAAAUGUGAUGAAAAUAAUACAUCACGUGUAAAGGAGUGCACUUACAGGAAAACCUUCAAUACGGAGUUCAACCUUAAUUUUCAUACUCCUC